CUCUGCAGCAGCGGCCGAUUUAUUCACAGCGACCGGCAUCUCAUUCACAUUUGUCCCUUCCAGUCCGACUGGCUGCGUUGUUACUAGCCACCCUUCUGCCUUGAUACACCCCCCAUAGUUCCGCUGAAUACAAAGGGUUUUGCAGUGUGAAUGGGCAGAUCGUUCUUUCUUUACUGCCAGACCAAAGAGGAAUCUGUUAGCUGCUGUUGGCUCUGUAGCGAUUGAAGGGCUGGCACAGGUGUUGGGCUGCUGUGGAAGGGAGGUGUGUGGUGCGAGCAGCUGCCCUGCGAUCUCUCCUCCUUUUAACGCUGCUGGUUGACUUUAAUCGCUGCCAGACAGAAGGAAGCUGCCGGGCAACUGGGAGAUCCGUACCGACAUUGUACCGGGAGAAUCGCCAACGAUCACAGAGCGGUUCUCAGAAGGGAUAGAAAUUUCAUGGAUCUGCUGCCUUCAGAAGAAGUCCAAGCUUGGGUUUGCCACUGAGUUUCAGCCAAAGUAUUGAGAAGAGUUUUGCUGCGUGACCAGAGGCUGAAGUAGUAAAGUGAAUGAUGUAAUCAAACAGCGAUAUAAAGUUGAUUUUAUCUGACAUCUGCGUAUUUCAUUCCUUUCAAGAUGCCAGCGAAGACCCCAAUUUAUCUAAAAACUGGCAGCAGCAAAAAGGGUAAAAAAUUCAAACUAAGGGAUAUAUUGUCCCCUGACUUGAUCAGCCCGCCUCUAGGAGAUUUCCGUCACACGAUACACAUUGGGAAAGAUGGGCAACAUGAUGUGUUUGGUGACAUUUCUUUCCUCCAAGGAAAUUUUGAGUUGUUGCCUGGCAACCAAGGGAAACCCCGAAAUGGACAUUAUAAUGGGCACAGUGAAUUUCUGAGGGCAAACAGCACCUGUGAAUCUGUGUUUUCAGAAACUUCCUCGCCUGUACUUAAAAAUGCAAUUUCUCUCCCCACCAUUGGAGGAUCGCAGGCCUUAGUUCUGCCUUUAUUAUCCACAGUGACUUUCAACUCUAAAAGGGACUCCUUUAGCCCUUCCAGGUUACCCCGGCUGAGUUGUGAGCCUGUGCUAGAGGAAAAACUACUUCAGCAGAGCCAACCCUAUGAAAAUGGACACCCGUUUGAUAAUGAUCAUGCGUGGAAAGUAAGCAGUUCUGCUUCAUGUUCUACAAAUGGAAGGUCAAGUCAUUCUUCCAGCCUCUCAGAACCAUAUAAUGACUGGCAAGCUAGUGACUUGUUUGAAGUUAGCCAUAUUGCAUGUGAAAUAGAGAGCCCAGACAUGAAACCAGAAGAGCCUCUUUCUGACCUGGCAAGUUCUCUCCUCACCCUCCAGCUUGACCUUGGCCCAUCUCUGUUGGAUGAGGUGCUUCAUGUCAUGGACAAAGGCAAGGCUUAGACAAUCAGGCCUUACAAACCUAACAGACAUGGUACAUGUAUAAAGCCUGCUAACCAUAGAUUUAAAUAAUUCUAAUAUUUUAUUGUUUACAUUAUUUGCACCGCCAUAUUUCUUUCAUCAUCAGUAGGAAUACUGAAGUAUAUAAACAUUAAGACUUCCUUUUCAAACUUAUUAUUUGUGAGACACUUAAAGAUACUUGUCAACUCUUCCAAUAGGUAUAUAGGGUUUUUAUGUGCUCAAAGAAUGGACUCUGAAGAAGACAUGUAUAGUAAUAUAUUCUAUUGUUUGCAAGAAGGGAAGAAAAUUUAAACCGAUAAAUAUACAGUAUAUUAAGGCGUCCCAUGGCCCUCUUGUUUUUAAAUUACAGCACUAAGUCAUGCCUUUUACGUGUGCCAUAUUAUCAGCGAAAAUCUUCAGCAGGACCAGGGAUCACUAGGCUGCCACCUUACAGCUCUUAGUUGUAGUUAGAGUUUGCCCUGGUCCCAAUAUAUAUAUAUAUAUAAUAUAUAUAUAUAUAUUAGCCAUUACAGUUCUACUACGCAGCACAUUACUAAAUUAUUUACGUUUAAAUAUCCUUUAUGUGCCUUUGUAUUUUUACAACAAAGUUUGUAUUUUAUUGAUAUGCCAUCACCAUUUUUUUUAUUGCUUACACAUUUUUCAUCGCAGGUUCAAUGUAUAUUUUGUGACAGUUUGAGAAAAUAUGUAUUAUACGUUUUUUUCUUAUCUAUGUCCUACAGAUGUAUGAGGCAAUAUACGUUUCAUAUGUAAGCAAAGCACUGGUUUCUCAUAUUGUUAAAUAAAAUGAUGAAUGCUAAGGUA